GCCAAGUAUUUCUGGCAAUUGCUGUAGUCACAGCUGUCAAGUGCCUGUAGUGUGCUGCUAGCCUUUCGUUGAAAUCUCCUCGCCGCGUUGAAUAAAUUUGCAAGCUGAGUUUUCAGUAGGUUAUUUCACAAUGUGCUCGAUGUGCUAAUCCGUGAUCCUUGUGGCAACGGUGACAGUUCAAAUGUAAAUAUUUUGCGUUAUCACUUAUUUGCGGUAGGCAGCAAUAGUUUAUCUUAAACAAUAAUUAAAAUGGCGACAAGUUUCACGACAUUGUCGUUGUUCCUAUGCACAUUAUGCGCAAUAACCAACUCAGACGGAUUUUACUUACCUGGUCUGGCACCGGUUAAUUACUGCAAGGCUGAAGAGGCCUCUGAUACCUGCAAGGCCGAAAUCAAAUUGUACGUCAACCGGCUGAACACGGAGGAGUCUGUAAUCCCCUACGAAUACAACCAUUUCGAUUUUUGCACCGAUGACACUGACCAAUCUCCUGCAGAAAAUCUGGGACAGGUCGUAUUUGGCGAGCGCAUAAGACCCUCGCCUUAUAAAAUUGAAUUUUUGAAACCAGAAAUAUGUAGUACGACUUGCACCAAGACAUACAAGGGUGGAGAUGAGGCUUCAGAAAAGAAGUUGAAACUCUUGAAAAAAGGCAUGGCACUGAAUUAUCAACAUCAUUGGAUAGUGGAUAACAUGCCAGUAACUUGGUGUUUCAUGCUUGAAAACUCGCGCCAAUAUUGUAGCACAGGAUUUCCUAUGGGUUGUUUUGUCAAGGAAACUCGGUCACAGCCAGACACGUGUAUUAUUGAUCCUGCUUACAACAAGCCUAAAACUUACUAUCUAUUUAAUCACGUCGACCUGACCAUAACUUACCACAGUGGAGUUAAGGAAGAAUGGGGUUCGGGAUUCAAAGAAAACGGAGGAAGAAUAAUUUCUGUGAAGGUGGAGCCUCGUAGCAUCAACCACACUAUGCAUCCUCCUAAUUGCGGUAGUAAAGCCCCUUUGGAAAUUCCUUUCGAUGACCUGCCCAAGGGUAAAACACUCGAUGUGAUCUACUCCUACAGCGUUACAUUCAUGGAAAAUCAUACGAUAAAAUGGUCGUCGAGAUGGGAUUACAUCCUUGAGUCAAUGCCACAGACGAAUAUCCAGUGGUUUAGCAUUUUAAAUUCCCUUGUGAUUGUUCUCUUUCUUUCCGGAAUGGUCGCUAUGAUAAUGCUGCGUACCCUUCAUAAAGAUAUAGCUCGAUACAACCAGGCUUACUUUCAGAUAGAAUCAGGUGAAGAUGCGCAGGAAGAAUUUGGCUGGAAGCUGGUACACGGAGACGUAUUUCGACCCCCACGUAAAGGAAUGCUACUUUCGGUGCUUCUUGGUUCCGGGAUUCAAGUAUUCUUUAUGACACUGAUAACUUUAGCGUUUGCGUGUCUCGGUUUUCUAUCACCGGCAAAUCGUGGAGCUUUGAUGACUUGUGCAAUGGUAUUGUACGUAUGUCUCGGUACCCCAGCUGGGUACGUUUCGGCUCGUGUUUACAAGAGUUUCGGUGGAGAAAAGUGGAAGUCAAAUGUCCUCCUCACCUCUAUGCUGAGCCCCGGGGUUGUUUUCAGCUUAUUCUUUGUUAUGAACUUGAUAUUCUGGAUCAAUGGAAGUUCAGCUGCAGUUCCUUUCAGCACACUUGUCGCACUCCUUGCGCUAUGGUUCGGCGUUUCAGUACCACUGACAUUUGUUGGAGCAUACUUUGGUUUUAGAAAAAGGCCGCUUGAACACCCUGUUAGGACGAAUCAAAUCCCUCGUCAGAUACCUGAACAAAGUUUCUACACUCAAGCAAUUCCUGGAGUUGUAAUGGGAGGUGUCUUACCUUUUGGUUGUAUAUUCAUCCAACUGUUUUUUCUGCUCAAUUCCUUGUGGUCGAGCCAGGUCUACUACAUGUUUGGAUUUUUGUUCUUGGUAUUUCUGAUCCUUGUCAUAACGUGUUCGGAGACUACAAUCCUUCUCUGCUACUUCCACCUCUGUGCUGAGGACUAUCACUGGUGGUGGCGUAGUUUCCUGACAUCCGGUUUCACGGCGUUUUACCUUUUAGUUUAUUGCAUUCACUAUUUUGCCACCAAACUUAACAUUGAAGAUAUGACGUCUACUUUCCUAUAUUUUGGAUAUACUUUGAUUAUGGUUUUCUUGUUCUUCCUAUUAACAGGGUCAAUUGGAUUCUUUGCCUGCUUUUGGUUUGUGCGCAAGAUUUACAGUGUCGUGAAAGUCGAUUAAGAUAUCGUCACCUGUAGCUGAACUCUUACUGGGCUUAGAUCAGUGAUCUAAGAAUUAAACAGUGCGAGACAAAGUAAAUCCUUUCCUCUUGUCGUUAGGCACAAAACGACCUGGGCGUAUCUCGCCUCAUAAAUGUUUAAAACAAACACAAACGUGAGUACUCGACUUGAAUUCGGGAAACAUACAUUUGAAACUCAGAACUAAUUGAUAAUAACGAUACUACUUAUAGUGAUAAAGAUAAUGGUAAUAUUAGAGUUAAAUGUUGCGUCUUGAAAAAAACGAAACACUUGUACAAAUCGGCCAUUAUGUUAAGCGAUUAUUGUGUUAAUUCGGCUUUCAAUUAUUAUUAAAUCUUCAAAGGAUUUUACCCUCAAUUUCACUACAAAUAUUGAGCUAGAACGGAAGAAACGAAAAAAGAGAGGUCAUCGUGCGUGUGUAGCAUAAAUCUCUGUGUUGUGUCCAGAUCAAUAAAGAGAAUGCGUCGAAUAAA